AUGACGUUUUCUGCCGAAAAGAACCAGCUUUUAGGUCCAUUGCCUUUUUGGCUUGACAGAUGGAACCAGGUAGAUUCUAUAUUGCUUCCGAACAAUCAAUUUUCGGAGCGAAUACCAGUUGAGAUUGGCAAUUGUUUUCUGUUGAGUCACAUAAGUUUGGGCAGCAAUUUGUCGACUAGUGAGAUUCCUAAAGAGCUCUGCAAUGCUAUUUCACUUACAGAGAUUGAGCUUGACCAUAAUUUUCUCACUUUGAAUAUUGAUGAUACUUUUGCGAAAUGUAACAAUUUGACACAGUUUGUUUUGUUUGAUAAUCAGAUGCCAGAUCUCAUCAAAGGACUUCGAGCGCACACCGAUGCUGGUGGCAUCAUCCUACUUUUCCAGGAUGACAAGGUCAGUGGCCUCCAGCUUCUUAAAGACGGCAAAUGGGUCGAUGUGCCACCAAUGCGCCACUCCAUUGUCAUCAACCUUGGCGACCAACUCGAGGUGAUUACAAAUGGAAAGUACAAGAGUGUGAUGCACAGAGUGAUUGCGCAAACAGAUGGAAAUAGAAUGUCCCUUGCAUCAUUCUACAAUCCUGGAAGUGAUGCAGUGAUCUAUCCCGCACUAGAAUUAGUAGAGAGUGAAGAGAAUAAAGACUUACUUGAAGCUGUUCAAUCUGAAAUCAAUGAUUUAGACUGGGAAAGCACCUUCUUCCUCCGCCAUCUUCCUGUUUCAAACAUAGCAGAAGUCCCAGAUUUUGAAGAUGAAUACAGGUUAGUUAAUCAGUUUUCAUAA